CCCUCAGCGGCCGGAAGCGGUGCCGGCGGCACAAGAUGGCGGCGCAGCGGCGGGGCCGGGCGGGCGGUGUCGCGGCGGAGCCGCCGCUGGGGCGCUCGGACUCGGAGCUGCUGCUGCACCCGGAGCUGCUCUCGGAGGAGUUCCUGCUGCUCACCCUCGAGCAGAAGAAUAUCCUAGUCAAAAAUGAUGUAAAGAUGGACAAAGAUGGCCUCACUGAUCUCUACAUUCAACAUGCCAUUCCUUUGCCUCAGCGUGACUUACCCAAAAGUAGAUGGGGGAAAAUGAUGGAAAAGAAAAGACAGCAAAAUGAACUGAAAAGUGAAAAUAAAAGUGUUACAGCGGUGGAAGGAUUGAGGAAACGGCCUUUAAUUGUAUUUGAUGGCAGUUCAACAAGCACAAGCAUAAAAGUGAAGAAGACAGAGAAUGGAGCUACUGAUCGCCUAAAACCUCCCCCAGCUGGAAGCACCACCAAUACCGUUAGGAGAUUAUCAGCUUCUUCAAAUGCCUCAUCAUACAUUUCAGCCUCCAGUUUAUCAGAGGACGCUAAGCUGGAAGAGAGGAAUAGUGAGACUAAGCAGAACAAUAUUUCAAAGACUAAUAGCAGCGUAUUGGCUAGUCUGAAGGCGUACCCUUUGACUCCAGUAGCAGGAACUACUGUUGUGAAGUUAAAGAGAUCUGUUCCAAAAGAAGACUCUGAUUUGCCGAUUCAGCUGCAAACGAAUUCUAGGUAGAGAAGAGAUCUAUGUUAUGGAUAAGGCAGAAGGAGACUGAUAAGCUGAAGAGAUGAAAGAAGAACUAAGGAUAUGUGACUUCAGAAGGGUGGACCUUUGAAAGUGGAAGUAAUGGUGCUGAACACAGCUGCAAGUUGAGGAGAAAGAGGCAAUAGUAGUUCUGAAUUUUGGUGAAGGUGUGACUAUUAAGUGCUUGCCAUUGAGCAAGGAGCAGAGCCCAGUAAUGGGCCAGCUGCAAGGUAGGGAUAAGUCUUACAUUAGUGUUGAAUUCCUUCAUAAUACAAAUGUAUUAAAUAAAUGCAAGGGCUCUUUUACGUUUCCACUGAAAGACAGGAAUACUUGGAACAAGUCCAGGCUUCGAAGGAGGAAUAGAGGCAUAUGAUCUUGAAUGAACUGCAGAGGGAGCUUUAGAAAUGCAGCAUGCAGUUACAUUGACUGAAGUUUUCUCAGGACUCCACACCUUAUUUCUGUUUCCUCAGUAUUGCCUCAUGUAAUUUUUUUAUUCAUCCUUUUUUCUUCCUUUCAUUUUUUUUCCUCCCUUUGCUGUUUUUCUUUCUUUGCUUUUCCCUUCUCUUUUUUUUUUUCUUUGUAAUUCUUACAUGAAGGAUUGCAGGUAAUAUCCUUACUGCAUAGUUUGGUAGGUUCCAUAUAUGUUCUGUUAAACACAAGCGUCUAAACGUAUCACUGGUCUGAAAGACAGCUUUAACAACUUUUACAAGCAAUAUAGCUGUGGCACUGAAUCAAUUUUAUGCUGGAGAGGUGUUUCCUACUACCAAUAUCACUAACUUAUUUUAUAAUUUAGAACUUCUCUGUCGGUCAGAUCUGAACCCACAGAGCUUUUGAAACUUGCUUGGUAUACACCUCACAUCUUUUUUCUGUUUUACUUGAAUGUUUCAUAGACAUAAUGAUGAACACUUAAGUGACGCUAUAUUACUGACACUUGGAAGCCACGGCUUCUGAUACUUGACUUUCUAUCUUAGCCACAGUUCGUUGUCCAGUUUAGUACAGGUAGGUUCAGUCAUAUGCCUUGGUUAAUGUGGGCCAGAAAAGUUUGAAGUUAGGCAAGUAUGGCCUAAUGGCUUUUGCUGUACUGUCUGAAAUUACAGAACGUGGUAUUGAAUAGUAAUACAGACAGGAGGAAGCAGUACACUUGGUUGAUGGUUGAAUCAUAGAGUCAUAGAAUCAUUAAGGUUGGAAAAGACUUCCAAGAUCAUCUGGUCCAACCAUCCCCCUACCACCAAUGUCACCCACUGAACCAUGUCCCUAAGCACCAGGCCCAACCUUUCCUCGAACGCCCCCAGGGACGGUGACUCCACCACCUCCCUGGGCAACCCUUUACAAUGCCUGUAGCCUAUGAAGCCUGGUGUAUUUAUAGUAUAGUGAUAGUAAUGACGGUUGCCUGUUCAAGAAAGUGGUUGGGUUUUGAUUUCCAAGAAAAACUGAAAUUCUCGUGCAGAAUAGCACAGAUUUAUCCUUCUGAUUAAUUUGCUACAACCUCUCAGUGGUUGAGACCCACAGGAUUGCUGUAAGCUAACUCUUCAGCUCUGAAGGAGAAGAGAGAUCUCCAGAUCAUGCCAAAACUAGCGUGUUCAAAAUGUUCUGGAAGAGUCACGUACCUAUAUUUACUCUGUUUGUGUGAACUAUUAAAGCCCUAAUUUCUCAGAUUUUUUCCUUAUUUUAGAUGAAGAAACAUAUUUAUUUUACCACUUCAAUCUCCCAUUGCUUUUCUUUAGGCUUGCUUAAUGUUUUCUGGCUUCUUAGAGGGGAGGAGCAGGGGUUGAAAAAUGAGUUUAUCUGAGGCUUCAGCAGUUAUUUUACAUUUUUAUAUAGGUCAUUACAAGGAAGACCUACUUUUCCUUUUUUUACUGACAUUUUCUGUUUGACAACAGUGAAUUGAUUUUCUGGUUCUGUUGACUGUUUUCUUUACACAAUCCUAUUGUAGAAAGUAUUUUAAGAAGACAAUUUGAAAUAACUUUAAAAGUGUGUUUUGAAGCUUUAAUGUGUAGCGUGUUAUGUGUAAUGUGUUAUACUUUUGUCUAACUCAUUUAAGGAUUAAGGAAAAGCAAAAGAUGCGUGUGAUUUGCAUGUAGUUAAAUUCAUUGGCUUUAUUUCCUUCUUCUCUGUCUCGGUGAUAUUCAACUUUCUCCACAAGAUGGCAAUAGAAAGCUGCAUAGUAGCUGAGUACAGCAAUAGUUAGCACUAGGUUUGAACAUUUCAAGUUAAUUGCUAAUAUCAGCUUGGUGCAAUAUAUCUAAAAAUACUUGUAUAUUUUCUUCUGUUGCAGAAUGACCUAAAGCCUACGGAA